UAAAGUGUUAAAACACAUUUAACGUGUACCAAUUAUCCUUUUAGUGUUAUUACGGAAAAUUUUAUUUUCAGUGACUUUGCAAUUUAGGACACAUACUUUUGUGGUUUUAAUUUCGUCUAAAUGCCUUAAAGAUGUAAAAGAUUUUUUAAAACCAAAUUUCUACCUUAGUGGUUUGGACAAAGAGGUUGAUAAUGUCAACAAUAAUACUCCUUUCCAAGGUUCAAUAAGGAAGAUAAUACUCUCAAUAAGUAAGUUGUGAACCUAUUUUACCUGUAUCAAAAAUAAAGUAGACACCUACUUAAUCAUUUACAUACGACGAAGCGGCAAGUCAAGCUGUAUUUAACCGGACUACAAAACAUCUCCUAUACAGUUUUUCUUAUAACAUUGUAUAUAACAGUCUAAUGAGAGAGUAAUAAGACAAUUCAUAGUUACCAUAUCGUUACUAUGGUUUUGACUGUGAUGGAACAAACAAUACAAUGUUGUAUCGUUGGUGAUGGUAUGGUAGGGAAGUCUUCUAUAAUCAAGAGUUUUAUUGAACAGUCUACUCCUGGAGACUAUGUUGCUACAAUAUCUGACAGUUAUUCAGGAGAUGCCUCUUUCAUAGGAGUUAAUUACACCGUUAGCAUAUCAGAUUGUACGGGAGAGCAUGAAAAUAAUGAAAUAAGAUGUUCACAUUACAAAGACACAGAUGUUUUUGUGGUGUGUUACAGUGUUACAGAUAGAGAAUCCUUUGACAGUGUAAGAACAUUCUGGCUGCCAGAGAUAAGGAAAGUGGCGGGAAAGAAGCCAGUUAUUCUUGUGGCGACACAAUCAGACAGUCGUGGACAAACAGGAGAAGAAACAAUUUCAAAAUUUGAAGGACUAGAAUUAGCAGACGAGAUUGGUGCAGAUCAUUUCACAGAAUGUUCGUCUGUGUCAAGGAGAGGAAUUCCAAAAGUGUUCGAAUAUUCUAUUCAAUCAGUGCUUAAACACAAAAAGUCUAAAUCAAACAUUGUAAAAAGGCUGAUAAGAAAAUAAAUCUUAGAACACAGAACAGCUGAAAUUAUGCCAUAUGUCUUUCAAGUAUUAUUGCAUGUUCAAAUUUUAACGCUUUAGAGGAGAUGUAAAUACUCAUUAAAAAGUUGAAAUUAUAUAACAAUAUUUAUAUAUAUUACAGUGUGCUAUUAUAUUUUAUCUAUGUAUGUAUGCACAUUACGUGGAAAUCUACAACUUCUAGUCAUAUUAUGUUAUUAAAUAAAGUAUAAAUAUGUGUAUCAAAUUGAAUAUCUAUCCUGUUUUAUUUUCUAUGUGAACCAGCCAUCUGAAAUGAAAUUCUGAUGACAAUUAGAUUAUAUCUCAAACAUGCAAACUGCUUGAGCAAAGACAUAA